CUAAAUACUCGAGUGAAUAAUUAUUACCUACUCAAGUUAAUGACAAUCAUCAAAUAACAAUUCACGCCUCCUUCUCCUCCCUUUGCAAUUGUCGACCGCCUCUGCCAUCACCACCGCCUACCGCCUACCGCCUACCGCCUCUGCCCCCAUCCCGCUAGGUUCUAGCGCGAAAUUAAAUGAUAAAAUGGCAGUAGUUGAUCAAGCAGCAGGUGGUGGUUCGAAGAAGACAGCAUCUUUGUUGGGUUUUCAGUAUGCGGGUUUGAGAAGAUUGGGUAGAAGGAACCCAUUUUUAAGAUAUGGUCUUCCUCUCAUUUCUGUCACUGUCUUUGGAACUGUUGGUCUUGGUCAUCUCUUGCAAGGGAGCAAAGAUAUUGCAAAAGUAAAAGAUGAUAAAGAGUGGGAGAUCAUUGAAGAAAGAAAAGCACUUUCGAGAAUCGGACCUGUUAAUGCAUAUAAUCCGAAAAAGAUUUCACUAGAAGAGGAACUUAAGGCAUUACAAGAGAAAGUAGAUAUAAACAACUAUGAUUACAAGAGAAUCCCUCGUCCUGAUGAAGGCAAGUCCGCUAGAUGAAGUUUUGGAUUUCCAUCUUUAAGAUCUCAACAAGAAGCCAGCAAGCCAUCAAGCAUGGCGGUCAGAGUUUUCUUCUCCUUUUUGCAAAACAUGCUCUCGAGUUGAUUUAAAUCUUCAUGAAAAUGUAAAAAUCAAACAUAGUUUUUUUUUCAUCAGGUCUAAGCAAUUUUUGCACAAACUAGGAGUGUCUUAUAACUCUGAGAAUGCUGCAUUACUGCUAAAGGUGAAUAUGCAUCUGGGACAAUUGUUAAGGUCACUCUAAAACUUGAUGUACUUGGGUUGUAAUGACUAGUGGUGGAAAGUUUGUGGGGGAAGGGGUAUCUUAGUGUAGCUACUCUUGCAAGAGAUCGUCUCAGUAAAAUGACCUCAAAAUAUAAAGUUCAUAUACUCAUAUUUUAUAUUAGUUGGACUAUUUAAUCCCGUAUAUGAGACGCAUUUUAUAGUGGGGAUUUGUUUUAUUAUAAUUGUAUCUAUAAUGUAAAUUGUUA